CAUAAUAUAAACGUAAUAUCAAUAAUUUGCAAUAAUGCUCUCUAUUCUAUUGCUACUUCUAACGAGUAUCAGCAUGGUAGAAAUAACGAAAAUUGAAGAUAUAUCGAUCUGUAUAAAUGAUACAAAUUGUGAGUCAACUAUUAACACACAAAUACCUAAAGCUGAUGAUAAAACUUUAGAAAAUUUGUCAAAUAAAACAGAAGAUGCUAAUAUAACUACUACUACCAGUUCUACAGAGAUAUUUUCAAGAAUUAAUGUAACAGACCAAUCAGAAGUACUAUCAACUUCAACAUCUUUGACAUCUUUAACAACAGUAUCCGUACCAACUAUGCGUCCAAGUGAUAAUAAAAUUCUUAUGCUUAAAGAAAAAGAAAUAUGCGAGUGUGACUUUACUAAAUCUUCUUGUGACAUCAAUUGCUGCUGUGACAUGGAUUGCAAUUAUUUUCAUUUGUCUGCUUUUUCGUAUUGUCAAGAUUAUUACGUGGAGCUUUAUGAUAGUAGAUAUUGCUACAAUCAAAAUUUCAUAAAUUCAUUUCAACGAAAUAACACACCAUUUAUUUUUGAGAAACUUACAAAUAACUUAUUUUGCAUUUUAUAUGAUAAUCUUCCACCUAUGUAUAAUUCCGACAAUGAUUUGGUAUUACAUAAUGAAGAUAUAUGGAAAAUAAUACAAAUAAAAAAUUACAAAUGGAAAAUGGAGUAUAACAAAAUAUCACCCAAAUACAAUUCGUCAAAAUAUUAUCAAUAUGGAGAUAUAUUAUGGAAAUUACAUGACAAAUCUGUCGAAACAAUAGAAUUUCUACAAUCUGGAUUUACUGAGAUAUGUACAUUUAAGAAGGUUUUAAGAUAUUUACAAAAUUGGAAAGGUGCAUGUAUACAAAAUGUUUUAACAAAUACGAAUCCGUAUUUGUUUGUCGUGACAUUCACUAAUUUCUCAGUUAUUAAAUCUCUGCCAUUAUUUGACGAUACAUAUAUCACAAAACAGAUAUGUCAGAGCAACAUUUGUCUGCCAAUAAGAACUCAUUACUGCCUAAAGUCAUUUUCUGUUUGUAACAAAACUAGAGUACCAGGAUUUUGCAUGAAUUCUACUUGUAUCAACAUCGUAAUGGGAUUAAAAUACAUAAUUGUUCAUAAUGGUUCUGCUGGUAUUAAUAGCAUUGACGCAUAUUUUAAUAUAGGAAAUGCAUCUCAUGCUUUUUAUCAAUAUUUCGAGGUUAAAUACAAUUGGAUAGACUCAAAAGAUACACAAGUUUCCAUUCGUAGUGGAAAUUCUGGCUACGUAAUGGGUAAACCGAUCAUUAUUGGUAUUUCCCAUACUAACAAUAGCGAGGAUAUUUUUUUUAACAGAACUGAUGGAUUUCUUACACUGCCUUUGGCUGGAAAAAAUGGAGAGUGUAACCGAAUUAAAAGACACAUUGUUGUAUUUGGUGAAGACAUUAAACUAACAUGCUCUGUCAAAUUGUUUAUUAAGAAUUUCACUGCGUUAUCUUGCACAGAAUUACAAAAUCUGACUUUGCGUCUUUUGUUAAAAAACUCUUUCUUAAAUAUAAGUCAAUAUUAUAGCACGUAUGUCUCAAAACUGGGUAAUUUUUCGAGCAAAAGUGCUGUUGACUGGUUACGUGUUGUAUUUGAUAGAAUACCACGAAAUGUUGUAACUGCGCAUACAAUUGGUAAACAAAUCUUAUGUUCAGGCUUAAUUACAUCUAUGCACUUGAACAUCUUUUAUUCCAUGUUAUCAAAACCUAAAACAUUGUCAAAUUAUAAAAUAUUGGGUGUUGGAAUUGCACUCAGUAAAGAAGAAGACAUUAAGUGGCCGAAAUGUGCAUUAAAGAAUUGUACAGACAUCCUUCACACAAACAUUAUUUCUUAUGUCAAUUUUCAUGAUGUUUCAAAAUCAUCUAAAUAUUAUUUUGUUGGUGGAUCUAAUUUAGAUAUUACAUUGCCCUACGAUUUUUUUUAUCCUUUCUUGAAUGGUUCAAAAAUUAUAAAAAUACCAAGUAUAUCAAUUUUUUUAAUAAUAUAUGUAUUAAUUAUAACUAUUUAAUUGAAUACAUAUUUGUUUUGUUAAUUUAGGAUUUGAUUCCACUUUUAUUUUCGUAUGUGCAAAUUAUAGAAUUUAUGAAAUCUAUUUAAUAGCAACUAAAUUAAUAAAUAAAAAACUAAUUAAUAAAUAAAAAU